CCAGCUCUGACUGAAGGUUAUGUUGGCUCUCUGCAUGAAAACAGACAUGGUAGUUCUGUGCAGAUACGGAGGCGAAAGGCUUCGGGGGAUCCUUAUUGGGCAUACUCGGGUACCUAUGGUCCUGAGCACUGGGUUACUUCCAGUGAGAAGUGCGGAGGGUCUCACCAGUCUCCCAUAGACAUUGUAGACCAUCAGGCGCAUGUUGGAGAUGAGUAUCAAGAACUGCAGCUUGAUGGUUUCGACAAUGAAUCUUCGAACAAGACUUGGAUGAAAAACACAGGAAAAACGGUUGCUAUCCUGCUGAAGGACGAUUAUUUUGUCAGCGGUGCUGGGUUGCCGGGCAGAUUCAAGGCAGAGAAAGUGGAGUUUCACUGGGGUCAAAGCAACGGAUCGGCUGGCUCUGAGCACAGCAUCAAUGGCAAGAGGUUCCCUGUUGAGAUGCAGAUUUACUUCUACAAUCCUGAUGACUUUGACAGUUUUGGAACAGCAGUUCUAGAAAACAGGGUAGUAGGAGCCAUGGCCGUGUUUUUUCAAGUCAGUCAGAGGGACAAUCCAGCACUGGAUCCCAUUAUCCAUGGGUUGAAGGGCGUCGUACAUCACGAGAAGGAGACCUUUCUGGAUCCCUUUGUGCUGAGGGACCUUCUGCCGACAUCGCUGGGGAGUUACUACCGCUACGCAGGUUCUCUGACUACUCCUCCAUGUAGUGAGAUCGUGGAAUGGAUCAUUUUUCGGAAGCCUGUUCCCAUUUCUUACCAUCAGCUGGAGGCGUUCUACUCCAUAUUCACCACCGAACAGCAAGACCAUGUCAAGUCCGUGGAGUACCUGAGGAAUAACUUCCGACCGCAGCAAAGCCUGAACAACAGGAAGGUGUCUAAGUCUGCUGUGAAGGAUGCUUGGAGCCAAGACAUGACAGACAUCUUGGAAAAUCCAUUUGGCACAGAAGCUUCCAAAGCUUGCAGCACUCCCCCGGUCAACAUGAAAGUGCAGCCUGUGAACAGGACAGCAUUACUUGUAACCUGGAACCAACCAGAAACCAUCUACCACCCUCCGAUCAUGAACUACAUGAUCUCAUAUAGCUGGACUAAAAAUGAAGACGAAAAGGAGAAGACUUUCACCAAGGACAGUGACAAGGACCUGAAGGCCAUCAUUAGCCAUGUCUCACCUGACAUCCUUUAUCUGUUCAGAGUUCAAGCAGUUUGCCGAAAUGAAAUGCGUAGUGACUUUAGCCAGACUAUGCUCUUUCAAGCUAACACUACUCGAAUUUUCGAGGGGACCAGAAUUGUGAAAACAGGAGUGCCCACAGCAUCUCCUGCCUCCUCAGCCGACAUGGCUCCCAUCAGCUCUGGCUCCUCCACCUGGACCUCCUCGGGGCUCCCCUUCUCCUUCGUGUCCAUGGCCACAGGGAUGGGGCCUUCCUCCAGCGGCAGCCAGGCCACCGUGGCCUCAGUGGUGACCAGCACCUUGCUGGCAGGGCUGGGCUUCAGCGGUGGUGGCAUCUCCUCCUUCCCUAGCAAGCGGGACUCGGCGCUGACGAAGGACGGUGAGGGAGCCGAGGAGGGGGAGAAGGAUGAAAAGAGUGAAAGCGAGGAUGGGGAGCGGGAGCAUGAGGAAGAGGAAGAAAAGGAUGCUGAGAAGAAGGAGAAAAACAGGGUGACAGCAGCCACGGAGGCACGCAAUAGCACGGAGCCCAACGUGACCACGGCUUCCCCCAACCGGACUGCCGAGGAGGAAGGAAAUAAAACCAUAUCGGGUGAAGAGCCAAACCAAAACGUUGCCCCCACAGCUGGAGGUCCCGCAGAGGAGAGCUUUGCCGAAGCAGACACUCAGCCCCAGCCGCUCCCUUCCACCCAAGUGCCGCCAGCGUUCACCAACGAACUUUACCUGGGGAAGAUCCCAAGAAGACCAGAGACAACAAGAAAACCUCCUCCAAAGGAGGACAGGUUUCCUGAGGAAUACCCCUCAGAUAACAAAUUCAUCACCAUUAACCCAGCUGACAAGAACAGCUCCAGCAUGGCCACGAGACCUUCUCCUGGUAAAAUGGAAUGGAUCAUCCCGCUUAUUGUGGUCUCAGCACUGACCUUCGUGUGCCUCAUUCUUCUCAUUGCUGUGCUUGUCUACUGGAGAAAGUGUUUUCAGACUGCCCAUUUCUAUGUGGAGGACAGCAGUUCCCCCCAUGUGGUCCCCAAUGAAAGUAUUCCCAUUAUACCUAUUCCAGAUGAUAUGGAAGCAAUUCCAGUCAAGCAGUUCGUUAAACACAUCAGUGAGCUAUAUUCUAAUAACCAGCAUGGGUUCUCGGAAGACUUUGAGGAAGUGCAGCGCUGUACGGCUGACAUGAACAUCACUGCAGAGCAUUCCAACCACCCCGACAACAAGCACAAGAACAGAUACAUCAACAUCCUAGCCUAUGAUCACAGCAGGGUGAAGCUAAGGCCUUUACCAGGAAAAGAUUCUAAGCACAGUGACUACAUUAAUGCUAAUUAUGUAGAUGGUUACAACAAAGCAAAAGCCUACAUUGCUACCCAGGGACCUUUAAAGUCUACCUUUGAAGAUUUCUGGAGGAUGAUUUGGGAACAAAAUACUGGAAUCAUUGUCAUGAUCACAAACCUUGUUGAAAAAGGAAGAAGAAAAUGUGAUCAGUACUGGCCGUCAGAGAACAGUGAGGAGUAUGGCAACAUAAUCGUCACGCUGAAGAGCACAAACAUUCAUGCCUGCUACACUGUGCGCCGCUUCACAGUCAGGAACACAAAGAUGAAAAAGGGUCAGAAAGGAAACCCCAAAGGGCGGCAGAACGAGAGAACAGUUAUUCAGUAUCACUACACUCAGUGGCCUGACAUGGGUGUGCCGGAGUACGCUCUGCCUGUGCUAACCUUCGUUAGGAGAUCCUCCGCAGCCAGAACCCCGGACAUGGGACCAGUGCUGGUGCACUGCAGUGCUGGUGUUGGCAGAACUGGUACCUACAUUGUGAUAGACAGUAUGCUGCAACAGAUAAAAGACAAAAGCACAGUUAACGUCCUGGGUUUCCUGAAACAUAUCAGGACACAGCGCAACUACCUCGUCCAGACAGAGGAGCAGUACAUUUUUAUUCAUGAUGCCUUGUUGGAAGCCAUCCUUGGGAAGGAGACUGAAGUAUCUGCAAACCAGCUGCAUAGUUAUGUUAACAGCAUCCUCAUACCUGGCAUAGGAGGGAAGACGCGACUAGAAAAACAGUUCAAGCUGGUUACACAGUGUAAUGCAAAAUACGUGGAAUGCUUCAGUGCUCAGAAAGACUGCAACAAAGAGAAGAACAGGAACUCAUCAGUUGUGCCGUCUGAGCGUGCUAGAGUGGGCUUGGCACCGCUGCCUGGAAUGAAGGGAACAGAUUACAUUAAUGCCUCUUAUAUCAUGGGCUACUACAGGAGUAACGAGUUCAUCAUAACCCAACAUCCGCUGCCACAUACGACUAAAGAUUUCUGGCGAAUGAUCUGGGAUCACAAUGCACAGAUCAUCGUCAUGCUGCCGGACAACCAGAGCCUGGCAGAAGAUGAGUUUGUGUACUGGCCAAGUCGCGAGGAAUCCAUGAACUGUGAGGCCUUUACUGUGACCCUUAUCAGCAAAGACAGACUGUGCCUCUCUAACGAAGAGCAAAUUAUCAUCCACGAUUUUAUCCUUGAAGCUACCCAGGAUGACUACGUUCUGGAAGUCCGCCACUUUCAGUGUCCUAAAUGGCCAAACCCAGAUGCUCCCAUAAGCAGUACCUUUGAACUUAUCAAUGUAAUCAAGGAAGAGGCCUUAACAAGGGAUGGCCCCACCAUAGUUCAUGAUGAGUAUGGAGCUGUGUCAGCGGGAACGCUAUGUGCCCUUACCACUCUGUCCCAGCAGCUGGAGAACGAAAAUGCUGUUGAUGUUUUCCAGGUGGCAAAGAUGAUAAAUCUUAUGCGGCCUGGAGUAUUUACAGACAUUGAGCAGUACCAGUUUCUUUAUAAGGCAAUGCUAAGCUUAGUCAGCACUAAGGAAAAUGGAAACGGUCCCAUGACACUGGACAAAAAUGGUGCUGUGAUGGCCAGUGACGAAUCUGAUCCCGCAGAAAGCAUGGAGUCUCUUGUCUAAUUGGAAACCUGAAAAGGCACUUAAUUUGUAGAACUUCUGAAGACUGAGUGAACUUUUUUGAGGCCUUUUUUGCCAGACUCUAGGUUAUACAAUAACCCAAUUACUUUUUUACACUGAUAAAAGUUUUGAUAUUUAUUUUUUGCCAUUUUAUGUCUUAAUGGUAUCCUACUGAGCAUUUGCACCUCUGUUUAUUUCACACAGUGAAACGCAAUUUUAUCUAGUUUGCACUAUAUGAUCAGUGUUACUGCCUAUAAUAUCCUAAUACAAGACAAGCCCUGAUGUGACAUUCCAUGACAACAAACAUACGCUUUUUCCGUUUUGUUUAAAUGCAGUGAAGUUUUGCUAACUACAGUGAUCCUCAAAUCUUAAAUCUUGAAUGCUAGGCCAGGUGGAGUCUUUCUACAACAGAUACUGUACCCCUUCAUACCAUAUUUAUUAUUUUAAUGAUCACGUCACAGUUUUGGUAUCGGUAUUCUGCAUUCCAGUGGAGUGGAUGAGCAGUGUUCAUCCUUUCUUAACAAAACGUGGCAGGUGAUUAUGAGCUACAGUGAAGGUGUAAUAGCCUUGUGGAGCUGAAACAAUUAUUUCUGUAUUGUUUCAAAUCGCUGUUUUGUACACUUACAGGCCCAAGACUUGCUUCACAUGGAAUAUAUAAAUUACAUACAAUAUAAUUCUAAAUUAGAUGCAAUUCAUAUGUGGGACACAGUGAUAGGUUUUGAAUUUACAAUUGCGAAGUUUCCCCAUGUAUUCAGAAAAAUGUCGAUUUUAGUUUUUAACCAGCCCUAUGAUAGGAAAGUACUUUGGUUUUAUUCUCAUCAGAGCCAAUAC